GCUUGCCUACAAAAGCACACAAUGUACUGUGGGUUUGGGUUGGAGAUUGGGGGGGUUGAUUGGGGGUGGCACUACUGAACACAAAAGGAGUACUGACAUUACCAUACGAGAGCAAGGUCUCGCUCUGCGAGUGAUUCAGAGGGUCUGAUGUUGCCUUCCUCUUACAAAUACAGGAAGUUAUCAGUUGAUCUGGGUUUGAUUGUUUUAGUCGAAUGUGUUGCUGUGUUGUUUUCUGCAAGCAUCAGUGCAGGAAAUGCUCAUACAGUAGUGCUAGUCAAACAAGUUGGGGGGCUCGUUUGAAUGACAAUGGUCAGAUGUGUCACAUUAAGGUGCCUUUAUUAUAAUUUUUUCAGUUACUCUCACAUGAGUCAGACAGAAGGAAUCGGGCUUUGUUUGGAUCAGCAUUUAUUUCACUAAUGUGACCCAUUCUGCUGAAUGGCAGAUUUAGGCAUCCACAUUUGGGAAGUUGUUUGAACUAAAAUACAUCGGUUAAGGUUUGAUGAUGUUAAAGUUUAAAUCAAAAGGCUGAAAUCUCCAGAAAAACCUGUCGAACCACUUGCAUCAAUGUAGAAAAGUGGCGAUGGUGGAGGCCCAGCUUGAGAACGAUUACGAUUACCCUCCGGGCUUACUGAUCGCUUUCAGUGCCUGCACAACAGUGCUGGUGGCCGUCCAUCUCUUUGCCUUGAUGGUCAGCACAUGUAUCCUGCCCAACCUGGAUGCCGUGAGCAACAUCCCCAACCUGAACUCCAUAAAGGAAUCUCCACACGAGCGCAUGCACCACCACAUCGAGCUGGCCUGGGCCUUCUCCACCGUACUAGGCACCCUCCUCUUUCUUGCUGAGGUGGUUCUUAUGUGCUGGGUGAAGUUCCUCCCGCUGAAGAAUAAUUCUGCAUCUUCAGGGAUAAACCCGGGGGUAGCUGCAGCAAUCGUCUCUACCGUCAUCAUGGUGCCCUUUGCCUUUGUGUUCAUUGUUUUCGCCAUGCAUUUCUACCGUUCGCUGGUCAGCCACAAAACAGAGCAGCAGCACCAGGAGUUGGAGGUUCUGGCCAAAAUCACUCAGAUGCAAAAUCAACUGGAUCACAGGGGAGAUGCGUCCAACCAUCCCUCUUCAGCACACUUAGUUUAGUCGACGCGCUUAGAUGAGCCCUUAUUCUCAGACCAAACAACAUGUGGACUGUUGUCCUGAAUAGACACCAGAGGAUGGGAAUCAGGGAUUCUGCAAUUGCACUGUAUUGUGAUGCCUUGUUUUAUAUGUAGUGUACAUACAAGCUUAACCGGCAUUUCUAAUCAUCUCUUUGCACACAAAAUAAGAGAAAAAAUGCAGUUGAAUUGGUUUCUCCAAAAAGAAGACAUGUAGUUCGAGACUUCAGGAAUUGAUUGGAUCGUUGUCUCGUUUGAGUGAGAGGUUGCCUCACACUUGCCCCAGUAAACACAUCAUCAAAAAAAGACAGAGGGGGUUAAAAUUGAGGUAAAAAUAACAUUAAAUCAUAGCAUUAAUGUUAAAAUUAAAAUAAUGUUAGAAAUUAAAGAGUUUUGAUCCCCUCCCUUCCCUGCUGCUGUUAGUUGUCUGGCUGUCUUACUCAAGCUUUAAUUUCGAUUUCAGCAUUUUUGAUGCUUCCAGCUUAGAAAAAGUUUUUAUAGCUGCAGGAUUCAGUGGCAAAAUGAUAAAGAUGUAGGCCUUUUUUUUAAAUUGUAAUUUAGGAGUUGAUUGAAUAGUGACACCAACAUGUUCGCAAGAGGUGUUUGGUUGUUCUAGUUCAGUAUUUGCAUUUACUGUUAGUCCAAAUGAUUACACUCAAAUGCAGUUAGAAUGUUUUUCAGUAUUAUGAUGAUAGAUUAAUUUUCUUUUUCUGGUCAGUUUAACCGCAUGAAGUCUAAAUGUGGUGUUACAUUUUUACCCUGGAAGUGACAUAGUGUCAUGCUUUUA